UUUCAAUAUUUUUACAUUUUGCUGACACCACAUGACUCGACGCUUUUAUUCUGGUCGCCAUUGCCAUAUAACAUGCCCUAAUCGUAUGACGUACUUUGGAGGCGGGUAAUGUUUAGACGAGCCCUAACGAUCGAGCCCAGGACAACGAGGGCUAGAAGGCCGGCGCCACUACAACCAGCCAAUCACGCAUCAGUCCGCGUCACCUGUCCUCCAGCCUGUCGCAACGUUUCCCAUUGGGUUAUUUUUUAUUUACAACAAAAUUUGGCCCUGCAUCCACUUGAUUGUGAGGCUAAGUUGGUCCCUAACGAGGAACGUUGUUUACUAAAAAUAUCGCCUAGUCCUUCAUUUUUCAAUACUGUGAACCCCAGUCAACACAAGCUCGUAACUUAUCCAAGAUUGCAAUAUUUAUUUCCUGAAACGGCGCCAGGACAUCGGCCGCCACGACAGCAGAGCGGAUGCGCCAGGCUCAGACGCAUUUAGGUUGAACUGUACUCAGCAGAUGUCUCUAGCCAGAAAGCGGUAAAGGCAGACGCUAUUUACGGCGCAUGACAGUUCAUUCUUCCCCGUUUUUUUGAGGUGCCACGAGCUCUCAGAAUUAACUAAAGAUCCCUUUUAAGGGAGUUUUGGCAGGCUAUCGGAUCCAUGAAAGAAUGUAGGCGGCAGAGUCGCCAAGGGCAAUACAGCACACGAGCUACAACCACAGUCUACGUUACUACAUUCGGUCGUAAACGUAUACACUUCAUACUCUUUUUUCUUUUUUGAAAAGAAAGACUUAUCUUGGUAAGGGAGGAGCCUGACGGUCCCGCCUUCACGAUCCCCCUGUCUCCACAUGUUCUCCCCUCUCGUACGAGUCUCCACCGGCUUCUAACACAGACACACUUGCCCGGUUUUGGUGUGUUGCUGUUGCACUGUUUCCACUUUAAAACUGUAAAGACAUUCGAAAGUUUCAACCAGUGAUCCUUCUCUACUCGUGAAAGCAAUACAUCACUAUCAAAAUACUCGUGGAUAAACCUCGAAAACAAAGCAACAGGACCAUGCGCACCAAAUCCAUUCGCUGCCCAUUAACGGGUUCAAGACGAGCGCGCCAAGCAGUUGCGGAUACUCGAUCUGUCGAUAUCGAAACGUCAGUCAAGACCAUAACCAAAGACGUUGUCGUCAUCGGUAACGGACCUUCAGCUAUUACUCUGUCUUAUCUCUUGUCCGGCCAUUGGCCCUAUUAUAAGGGCAUGGACGAGAUGGGGCAUCCACCAGACUUUCUUCACUACAGAUUGGAAUCGAAACCCAACUGCCCGUUGGUUCUUCAAGAUCUGAAAGAAUUAUCAGAAGGACUGGAAGGGCGGUCGAGCAAUCCGGUUGCUCUUUUAUACGACAUUCUGAAUCACCCAGAUGCAGACACAGGUCAAGAUCUACCAUCACUUCUUGCAUGGAAGAACCAUCCCGAGCAUGCUCUCGAUCACGUGGUUCUUGGCAGAGGUCCCCCGGGGGGAUCGUGGCAGGCAAUGGAGGGAGACGUUUUGACCAUCAGCAGAGGAACGUGGAUGGAACUGGCUAACUUGAGCUUUCGAGAAUGGGAAGAAAGUGUUUGCGAUCGGCAACUUGGGAGUCGUCAGAAACGAGCCUCGGUUAAGAACGUGGCUCGAUAUUAUCACGAUUACGUUGAUAUCAAAGGAUUGCGCCCCUACUUCCGUGACUCAGCGGAAGUCACUUCGGUUCGUCGUGUCGAUCAAUUUAAAAACGCCUCAAACGAGAACAAUGAUUGUGGACUUUGGCAAGUGACGGGACACAUCCGGAAAGCUGAAGGACUGGAAGAUUUUCAAUAUUUGACUCCAAACGUGGUCUUAGCCAUUGGUGGUUCUGAUUGCCCUAAUCGUAUGAACGUGGCCGGUGAAAAUCUGCCCUUUGUCGUCAAAUCCUUACAAGCGAUGGAACAACUUAUUUCCAGUCAGCAAUUGAACAGUCGGAGUGAACCGGUUCUCAUUGUUGGGGCUGGCUUGUCUGCAGCGGAUGCUAUAAUUGCCGCACACUUUCAUGGAAUUCCCAUCAUUCACGCGUUUCGACGCAAGGCUACCGAUCCUAGCCUUAUCUUUGGCCAGCUUCCUUCCAACAUGUACCCUGAGUACCACAAGGUCUAUCAGAUGAUGAAAGACAACGGAAUGACUUACUCAGGAUACACACCGAUGGAGCAGAGCCAAGUGGUGCGUAUUCAAAAUGAUGGAAAAGUCUGUCUGCAAGGACCAGAGUGCUCCACUCGAAUCAAAGUUUCUUACGUCGUGGUAUUAAUAGGCUCUCGACCUAGUUUAAGUUUCCUUGAAAAUAAAGGACGUGAUUUAACGGUCGACGUGACCAAACCUAUCUCAUGUCGUAAUAACCCGCUUGAUGUCGAUCUAUUCACGCUUGAAUCCACCAAGCAACCUGGAUUGUACGCUAUGGGGCCCUUGGUCUCAGAUAAUUUUGUCCGUUUCGCCCAAGGAGGCGCCUUAGCUAUCACGAGAGAUAUUCAUUUGAAAUCCUGUCCAUUGGAGAGUAAAGAAGAAGUGUCAAAUCCGCCCAUCCUUCAUGUCCCUCAAGAAUCCGUCAACUACCUUGAUUGCCCAGCGUGACGUUGAUCGUCAUUUAAUUGUUUUACCGGGGGUAUUAAAAGCGUUCCUAAUAUUGAACUUUCGCGAAUCAAAGGCGCUUUUAGUCCCCUCAGUUGUAUCAGCGGUUAUUGAUACAAUCUAUUGUAAAUAUCACGAAACACGGUUUUCAUCUUAGAGAAAUAAGUCCGAAUCACCACCCUAUUACACCUCCACUUCAACGAGUGCUCUACUAGUCUUCGUUGUGCCUUCUCCUCGCUCUAAACUUCGUUUUCUACUACUCUCAUUUUUUAAGAAGCUUUCGUUGAGAAAUUUGAAUAUCUAUUGUUGAUUUUCUUUAUGAAUUUACUGCUGAUAAGUAGAGCUUAUGUCUUAAAUGGCAUCGUUACGGUGCUAUACGUUACGCGUGUCCUUACUGAAAACAUUUCCAAAAGGAAUUUGAUUUUUUCCAGGACUAUAGCUUUAGGGGUGCGAAACAAGAGCGGUUUUAACGUUCUGUAAUUUGUUUUUGCAUGUCAAGACUAAGGACGACCAAUGUGUUUUUGGCCCUAGUUGGUGACGAGAGGGGUAGCUAAUAUUGCGACUGUAAUUGAAAAUGUACACUUCAUAUUAAAGUUACAACACCUUAGAGUAUAAUAAAUUCAAGUGUUUUGAACUUGUAAAACAUAUACUAUGCAGCAUUUAAACACGUACAUUUCCAGGAGUUCAAUACACACAUGGAAAACAUGAA